GUGUGUGUGUGUGUGUGUGUGUGUGUGUGUGUGUCCUGAGCUCCACAGUGAAUGUUGAGCCGUCGGUGAGUGUGAGCGGACAGAAACACAGAGAUGUCCCCGCUGCUGCUGCUCCUGCUCGGCCUGCUGGCGCUGAUCCUCUGCGUCCUCCGCUCCAGGACCAGAAGAGACGGUGAACCUCCGCUCAUUAAAGGCUGGAUUCCUUUCAUUGGGAAGGCUCUGGAGUUCGGACAAGAUGCCCACACAUUUCUGGAAGAACAGAAGAAGAAGUGCGGAGACAUUUUCACAGUACAGAUCGCAGGUAAAUACAUGACCUUCAUCAUGGAUCCUCUGCUGUAUCCAAACAUCAUCAAACAUGGCCGACAGCUGGACUUCCACGAGUUCUCCGGUAAGGUGGCGCCCGUCACCUUCGGCUACCCGCCCGUCAUCAGCAGGAAGUACCCCGGCCUGCAGGAGAAGAUCAGCCGCUCCUUCCAGCUCCUCCAGGGAGACAACCUGUCCGCCCUGACAGAGAGCAUGAUGGGUAACCUGAUGCUGGUGCUACGUCAGGACCACCUGAGCGAGCAGCCGCAUGGCGAGGGCGGCUGGAGGAGCAGCAGCAUGUACGAGUUCUGCAGCUCCAUCAUGUUCGAGGCCACUUUCCUCACCAUGUACGGCAGGCCGGCGUCCGCCAGCCGCCACAGCGGCAUGGGCGUGCUGAGGGAGGACUUUGUCCGGUUUGACAACAUGUUCCCGCUGCUCAUCGCUCAGAUCCCCAUCUGGCUGCUGGGACACACCAAGGCCAUCCGAGAGAAGCUCAUCGACUACUUCCUGCCCCACAGGAUGUCGUACUGGUCCGACAUGUCGCAGUUCAUCAGGACGCGGUCGGAGGUGUUCGAGCAGUACGACGCGCUGAGGGACGUCGAUAAAGCAGCUCAUCACUUCGCCAUCCUGUGGGCGUCUGUGGGGAACACCGUCCCCGCCACCUUCUGGGCCAUGUACUACCUGGUGAGUCACCCCGAGGCUCUGCAGGUCGUCCGCCAGGAGAUCUACGACGUCCUGAGGCUCAGCGGAGUCGAGUUCAGCAGCGACAGAGACGUGACGUUUGGCAGAGAGCAGCUGGAGGAGCUGGUUUAUCUCGAGAGCGCCAUCAACGAGAGCCUCCGCCUGUCCUCGGCCUCCAUGAACAUCCGCGUUGCUCAGGAGGACUUCAGCCUGAAGCUGGACGGCGAGCGCUCAGUGGCGGUCAGGAAAGGAGACUUCAUCGCCCUCUACCCUCAGAGUAUGCACAUGGACCCCGAGAUCUACGAGGAGCCGCAGUCGUUCCGGUUCGACCGCUACAUGCAGGACGGCCGGCUGAAGACAGACUUCUACAAAGACGGUCAGAGGCUGAAGUAUUACCUCAUGCCGUUUGGCUCCGGCUCGUCCAUGUGUCCCGGACGAUACUUCGCCAUCAACGAGAUCAAACAGUUCCUGUGUCUCCUGCUGCUCUACUUCGACCUGCAGCUGGAGGCGGGGCAGGACAGAGUCACUCUGGACGCCAGCAGAGCCGGACUGGGCAUCCUGCUGCCCGCCAAGGACGUCCUCUUCCGCUACAGACUGCAGAGCGUCUGACCUGGUGUGUGUGUGUGUGUGUGUGUGUGCGUGCGUGCGUGUGCGUGUGUGUGUGCGACCUGAAGGGAUUCGGCAAGAUUUGAACAGACAUGUCACAACUCAGCCUGACAUGACGCAAGUCGACUUGAAGAGACUCGACCUGAUUCAAAUUGACAUGACUUUACUCAACCAAACUUGACUCAACUUGAACUGAAGGGACCUGUAAUAACACGACUCAACCAUGCUCGAUUCAACUCUUCCUGACUCUUCCUUGAACUGGUGGGACUCGACCUGAAGGGACUCAACCUGACUCAAAAUGACAUGAUUCAACUUAACCUGGUGUGACUUAAUGUGACACGACUAGACUCAGCCAUGCUCGACUCAACUUGAACUGUAGGGACUCAUCCUGAUUCUAACUGACAUGAAAUGACCCGACAUGAAGGGACUGGAGCUGACUCAAACUGACAUGACUCAUCUCAACUUUAACUAAAGGGACUGAAGGGGUCUGACCUUGAGACUCUCAAUCAGAAGAGUCUCAACCUGACUCAAAAUGACUCGAUCCAAAGGGACUUGACCUGACUCAAAUUGACAUGACUCGACUAAACCUGGUUUGACUCAACACACUAGCAUAGAUUCGACCAACUUGAACUGAAGGGACUUGACCUGACUCAAAUUGAAAUGAAAUGACUCGACCUGAAGGGACUCAAGCCGAUGCGACAUGACUCAACCAUGCUCUUCCUGACGCAACUCGACCUGAAGGGACUCGACCUGACUCAAACGUGAAUCAACUCAACCUGACGUGACUUGACCCUGAUGCAACCUUCUCAAAGAAGGAACUCGAAUUGACAUGACUCAGCUUAACCAUACUCAACUGAAGUCUUCUUGACACAACUUGACCUGAAGGGACUUGACCUGACCCAGACUGACAUGACUCGACUCAACCUGGCAUGUCUCAAUGUGACAUGACAAGAACCAACCAUGCUCGACUCAACUUGAACUGAAAGGACUUAUUCUGACUCCGAUAGACAUGAAAUGACUCGACCUGAUGUAACUCGACCUGAUGUGACUCGACCUGAUGUAACUCGACCUGAUGUGACUCGACCUGAUGUAACUCGAGCUGAUGUGACUCGAUCUGAUGUAACUCAACCUAAUGUGACUCGACCUGAUGUGACUCGACCUGAUG